UCGUUCUGUUGGAAUUCAGCGUGCGGCCGCAUUUUCACAUCUGCGCAUCUCUGCUGUUCACUCAGGUAGGAUUGGAUUUGAACACAAACGCAUACCUCACCAAGAAUGGCUAUCGCAAUCGUCAAGAUCGGAAUUUCAUUGAAAAUGCUACCAAAUAACAGUGCCGUGUUCUUCAAAUCGGACGGUGGGAGAUUUGGCCAAACCAGGACGAUUAAAUUGCUAACGGGGUCAAAGUACAAGAUUGAAGUGGUUGUCAAACCUGGGGCUGCAGAGGCAACCACUAUGAGUGUAGGCGGAGUCAUCUUCCCCUUGGAGCAGAAGUCUAGAGACCCCCAGUCUGUAGUCUACACUGGCGUCUACAACACAGAGGGCAUGACUCACACCAAGAGUGGAGACAGACAAGCUGUACAGAUCAGUUUGCAGUUCCCAGAGGUGGGCUCUUUUGAAGUGGUGUGGCAGGUGAAGUACUACAACUACAACAAGAGGGACCACUGCCAGGGGGGCAACAGUUUCAACAGCAUCGAGUACGAGUGCAAGCCCAACGAGACACGCAGCCUGAUGUGGGUCAACAAGGAGCUGUUCGUCUGAUGGACCAACCAACACAGACAGCAUCAGGGUUGUGUUCAUUAGGGCACCAAACGGAAGUUAACGUAGUGAAACUGGGCGGUACUACCUGAAAUUACAAAAGCUGAAGAACACACGCACUUCCAGGUGCUUUCCGCAGGUGCUGGAGUUGUAGGCAAACUCAAGGAAAACAGAAAGGAAAACGCCUCACCUGAAAUUAGCCAAUAAAAAUGCCUGUUUUAGUUUUCCGUUGUAAAAUGUUUUGCUACGGUGUGCCCUAAUGAACACGACCCUGAUGUCACUGAAAUGAGAGAUGGAUGACAAGCAGCUUCUGUGUGUUUCAGCUGUAGCCAGCGUGCAACCCCUCAAAGUGGAUAAUUUGCUGACUGCUAGUGAAACUGUUAACCCAAACAUCUUUUCCUCAGUCUGUUGUGGCAUAAUGUUCACCCUCAGGUCUAUUCUGUUCCAUGGAGUGCUUGUGUGUGUGUGUUAUCUAUUUAUAUCUAUGAAGGCAGUGUGUUAAUAUGGAUGUGUAGAUGUGGUGUGUGUGUGUGUGUGUGUGUGUGUGUGUGUGUGUGUGUGUGUGUGUGUGUGUGUGUGUGUGUGUGUGUAUCCAUGAAGGCAGUAUGUUAAUAUGUACACUGUAUGUGCAGAUGUUGUGUGUGUUAAAGUACUGUAAUGAGCAGUCAGUGGUUUUAAUUUAAAAAAAAUAGUUGUAGCUUUUUUUGUUCAAUUAAAAUGUUGUCCCAUGUGUCGUUUUCCCAUGUGUCGACAGAGUACAAGUAGUAUAGGACAUCUGUAGAAGUGAGUGUUUACAUUUAUUAGAUUUGACAAAAUAUUUUGACUAAUUCAUGAAAUUAUCUUAUUUUUGAAUUGGGCUGAUUUUGACUAAUCAAAAAUCGAUCCUCAGAAUAUCAUGUAUCUGUAACAAGCUGUUAGCCAGCACUUAUCUUAUUUCUCUCUUUAUUUUUGUCAAAUUAAAAGUGUUAUUAUAUUAGUUGGGAAAACACUAUCAAUACUGAAAACCAAUAUAAACGCAACAUGUAAAGUGUGAGAUCCAUAGAUUAGGGCCAGAUUAGGGCCAAACUGCAAC